AGAAAACUUGUACGUGCUUCGCCUUGAUGGAAUUUUGGCAUCAUCAUCAGAAGGAUGAGGACCCUGUGCCUUUCUGAUGGAUUCGUUAGGAUGCUCUACCAUAUAAUGAGCUGAUCAAAUGGCAGCAAGAGGCAAUAUCCUCCUUUCGUUCUGUCUUCAGAGUCAACAUCAUGGCUACUAGAACAUAUUCCGAGAUGGCCAUACCAGAACUCACCGACAGCCAGAUCAAAGUCAUUUUUCUCAAUCUAGACGCAGAAUUCAAUGCGAUUAUGAUGCGUGCAUUAACACACGGAAUUUACACCGGUGUAGUGGCUGUCACCCCGUGGGCCGUUGUUUCGAGGAAAAACUGCCAAAAUAGAAGCCGAUAUUUUCUCGUUUUUAUCAUCUUGCUUUUGUAUCUCGUGGCGAUGGUCGGCACUUAUGGCGAAUGGACAGAGGGGGUCUCAACUUUUAUCACCAACGGGAAAAACUUCUGGGAAGCAUACAAUUCUGAUCCUGGCAAGAGGUCUCUACUGCCUCUGGGAAUCGAGGCAAUUCUAAGCACGAUUCUGGCCGAUGCUACUUUGAUAUGGCGCUGUUGGACUGUCUGGGGUCGGUCAUGGUGCAUUGUACUCAUUCCGAUUGUUUGCACUACCUUGGCAGCAAUCAGCAGAGGGAUCGUAACUUAUUACUCCACUCUUGAUGUCGAACAUCUGCCACCCCAGGCUCUAUACCUCGAGAAUGUUGUCAACUGGGCUGUGCUAUACACCUCGCUCAUAAUGGCGACUUUGUUAUGGUGCACAAUUCUCAUUGUUUAUCGUAUUCUUAAAGUGGGCGGGGUUUCUGCGGGGAUGCGUGUAUAUCACAGAGUGAUAGAGAUACUUAUAGAAUCCGCAGCUCUCUAUUCUGCCGUAAUAGUUAUUCUACUGGUGUUCGAAGUUCGUAACGAGGCAGUCGGAGGUUACAUUCAAGAGUUGGCGAUUGCGAUAAGAGGAAUCAUGCCUACAGUUGUGGUUGGCCGCGUUGCAGCAGGGCAUGCACGUCCAGAUGACUCCUGGAGUGAAGGUUCCACUGCCUCGUCACUUCGAUUCGGGAAUCGUGCAAUCACACAGGAUGGUAGCCAGAGGAGCACGGAAUCGGACAUCUCGAUGCGUGACUUAGAAGAGGGCUUAGCCAUAGCGGCUGAUGGCACGAUGCAUGAUGUCGAGAUCCGAGGGAAAAUUUGAGCCAAGUCGGCGCACUUGUCAUCGGUAUAUUUAUUUGUAAUUCAUGCCACUGUAUGUAGAAAGCGUGUUAUUCUAAUUUGACCAUAAAAACUCGUAGAUUGAUCGUUGAAC